UUGCAGCUCCAGACAGACGAGGCGGCCCGUUACCAAGCGAACAAGCCAGCGAGCAGUCCUGCUGCACCGCCGCGCACGGUCCGACAACAACGACGACGAGAGUGGAGCCCUGACACAGGAACACACUCAGUCAAGCGUGAGAACAACAACAACAACAACAACAACAACAGCAGCAGACUCUCCUCGACACUGUAGGGGAUGGCAGUGAAUGUGUACGCCACAUCGGUGUCCAUUGACAACCUCAGCCGACAUGACAUGCUGGCAUGGGUCAACGAUUCUUUGCAACUCACCUACACCAAAAUUGAACAGCUCUGUUCAGGUGCAGCAUAUUGCCAGUUCAUGGACAUGUUGUUCCCAGGUUGCAUCCUUCUGAAGAAGGUCAAAUUUCAAGCCAAGUUGGAGCACGAGUCGAUACACAACUUCAAAGUCCUUCAGGCAGCUUUUAAAAGGAUGAGUGUUGACAAAAUUAUUCCUGUGGAAAAGCUUGUAAAAGGGAAGUUCCAGGACAACUUUGAGUUCGUGCAGUGGUUCAAGAAGUUCUUCGAUGCCAACUACGACGGGAAGGAGUACGACCCUUUGCUAGCCAGACAGGGACAGGACAUGGCCCCUGCCCCCAACCCAGGACCACAGAGGACGUCUCCGACGGUCCCUAAAAACAUGCCGGCACCACAGCGGGUCCAACACAACACUCCAGCCUUGAGGAAGAACCCAUCUUUGUCUAGAAAUGGGGGCGGGGAUGCAGAGAUCAUGGAGCUAAAUCAACAGUUGAUGGAGUUGAAGUUGACCGUCGACGGACUGGAGAAGGAGCGAGACUUCUACUUCAGCAAACUACGGGACAUCGAGCUGAUCUGCCAGGAGCACGAGAGCGAAAACAGCCCCGUCCUCAGCAGGAUAAUCGACAUUCUCUACGCAACAGAGGAAGGCUUUGCGCCUCCAGAAGAUGAAGAACUUGAAGAACAAGCUCACCUGGACCAGGAUGAAUACUAAACGCUUUACUCCAACAUGUCCAUCUCCUUUUCUGUUCACCCGCAUUUGUUUUUCUACUCUCUCUCUCUCUCUCUCUCUCUCUCUCUUUGCACGCUUUCUAUAAAUACUUCUCAUUGUUUUUUCCACUUUCUUUCUUUCCCCUCUGUCUGUUUCUCAACCCGUCGACACGCGGCGUCUUUGCAUCUCCAGUUGCUGCUCAAUCCCUGCCUCCACUUACACAGUAACAAUAACAGUAAUCUCCAACAUAUCCCAGUCGUUUCAGCAUGAAUAACGCAGACGAGAUGGAACCGGCGUUGAUGGUCGCCAUUGAGAAACAGUGAAUUUAAAGUCUGUAAAUAUUACCGAUGUUUUGGUUUCCGAGAGAAAGCUGUUUUUUGCUCAUUAUGGAGGUAUUUACGUUGCCUUUGGUGCGCUUCUAAUGAUUAGAGCACGGAAAAUAGCUGCUCCACCGUGCCAUCAGGACACUCCCACAGCUACUAAAACUGUAACGAAAGUCUUUUUUUUAAUGAAUAGUUUCUUAUUUAUUUAACUUAUAUUUAAUUGACACAAACUUUGCGGCUGAGUCGGACUGAACUCCGAGGGCCCGAGGUAUGUUAUUUGAGCGCGUUCAAGGCACGCGGAAACACUGAAGGAAAUACCUCGGUGUCAUGACGACGAGUGCUCUGCAAAUUCAGAAUUUUUUUUUUAUCCAACAGCAGCAUAUCUGAGCAUGAGAAUGUUUAACAUUGACUGUGAAUGAGUGAAUAUUUUGCAAACGUGUCCUUCCUUUGUUGCACAAUCCCGAUUCUCACCGCAGACUGAAAACACGGUGAUAGAUCGUAGCAGUUUGGUGUUAAACCCUAAAAGUACUAGUCAGCCACUGACACUGAAGCUAUACAUCAUUCUCACACGACAGCAGUCAUUAUGUUAUAAUUUGCGAGAGUAAAGAGUUGUCAGUAUUAACAGGUCUGUUACAGUUUAACCAUGGGAGUCUUUUGUUGUCCUUCCCCUGCUAGUUCUGUUUUUGCAAACUGGCUGCCGUCUGCUCUGGCACGCAUUGUUUUGGACCACGUGAAACAUCUAGAGAGAUCACUCAUCCUUUUGAGUUUUGAAUAAAUAAACAGCUGUGAAAUAAACUGUUUUGCACUUA